AUGACUCCGGAUGCAGACAGAACUCUUUCCACAACUUUACAGUACGAAGAGUAAACAACUUGUCGCCGGAUUUAAAUAUAUCUAUGUCUAUAUUUUAAAACAUAAACAUGUCGGCGAUGGAACAGCAUGACGGCCCAGAAGACGAGAGCCACCCCGCCUCAUUGAGCUGCUACGGCUCCACAGGCGACAGCGGGGAACACCACGAGCCUCUGGAUAGCAACCGCUGCGAAAACCACGCCAACCACCAUUUCACCGGCGCCACGGCGGGCCACUGGGUGAGCGCCGAGUAUGACGAGGAAGCCAUUCGCAGGAAGUUGAAGUACUUCUUCAUGAGCCCCUGUGACAAAUACCACGCUAAAGGUCGUAAACCUUACAAGCUGAUCCUGCAGCUGCUCAAGAUCAUCAUUGUCACCGCUCAGUUGGUGCUGUUUGGCCUCAGCAACCAAGUGGUGGUGACCUUCAAAGAGGAGAACACCAUGACGUUCAAGUAUCUCUUCCUCAAAGACUUUGACGAGUCGUCGGACAACUCUUUUGCCGUCUACACACAAAAGGACGUCUACGAGCACAUCUUCUACGCUGUGGACCAGUAUCUGGCCCUGCCGGAUACCACAGUAGGCCGCUACGCUUACGUCUACGGCGUGGGCGUCAACGGCAGCGCGCUGUCCCUCUGUCAGCACUAUUACAAGAGGGGCCGCAUCGACCCCGCCAAUGACACCUUCAGCAUCGACCCGCACAUCAUCACAGACUGCGUCGGAGUCAACCCUCUGUCUGUGCCCCCCGCCCCGCUCACCAGCUCCUACAAGAACUUUACACUCAAGUUCCACAAGUUUAUUAACGUCACCAUCGAGUUUCAGCUGAAGGCCAUCAAUGUGCAAACCAUCAUCAAUAAUGAGAUUCCUGACUGCUACACUUUUUACAUAAAGAUCGUGCUGGACAACAAGGCUCACAGCGGCAAAGUGAAAAUACGACUGGAGAAUCAAGCCUCCAUAAAGGAGUGCAAAGACCCCAGCGUGUCCGGACAGGCUGAGAAUUACACCCGUUUGGCGUUCGAUGUCGCCGUGGCUCUUGUGUGCACACUGUCGCUGGUUUUAUGCGGGCGCUCCAUACUGCGAGGCAUCAUUCUGCAACAGGAGUUUGUGCAGUUCUUUAAGAAGAACCUAAAUCACAAAGUGUGCUGGGCAGACCGUCUGGAGUUCAUCAACGGCUGGUACAUCCUCCUUAUCGUCAGCGACAUUCUCACCAUCACCGGAAGCGUCAUCAAGAUUGGCAUCGAGUCCAAGAAUAUGUCUUCCUAUGAUCUAUGCGGUAUCCUCUUGGGUACCUCCACCCUCUUGGUAUGGGUGGGAGUCAUUCGCUACCUCACCUUCUUCCAGAAAUACAACAUCCUGAUUGUGACUCUUCGAGCAGCCUUCCCCAACGUAAUCCGCUUCUGCUGCUGUGUGGCCGUCAUAUAUUUAGGCUACUGCUUCUGUGGCUGGAUCGUGCUUGGACCGUAUCAUGUGAAGUUUCGUUCGCUGUCCAUGGUGUCCGAAUGCCUCUUCUCCCUCAUCAACGGCGACGACAUGUUCGUGACCUUCUCGGGAAUGCAGGAGAGCAGCACGCUGGUGUGGCUCUUCAGCCAGGUGUACCUGUACACCUUCAUCUCGCUCUUCAUUUACAUGGUGCUGUCGCUUUUCAUCGCGCUCAUCACCGGCGCCUACGAGGCCAUUAAGCAUCAAACCCAGGAGCCCAUCCACAUAACAGACUUGCACGCCUUCAUCGCCGAGUGCACCGACGCGCCAAGCUCCGGCAAGUUCAGGGGAAUGGAAACGUCGCCGUGCUCCUUUUUCUGCUGCUGUGACCGAAUGACAACAUACGAGGACGUCCUGCUGGUGAAUUGAGGACAAGCCCCUUUUUUUUUUUCCUCUCCAGCACUUGACUGAAGGAGGAGAAUUCAAUCAGUUGGACUAGCAUUUCCGAUGAGGAAUGAACUGGUCGUGAAUUCUUCAGGAACAAGCCGCUUUGUGCAGGAUGAAAGCACACUUAGUAUUUCAUGGCUCGAUGUCCGGCCAACUCAGUGUUGUUGAUUUUUUUUUUUAACCUGCUAGUUUUUUAGCAGAUUUCAGCCUCAGGCCCAUCAACACGCACAAAGCUUUGGGGCGGAUCCAGUUUGACUCCAGCCUCGGAAGGGAUGGCCACUUGACAUGGUAUGCCUGUUUAGUGUUUUUAUAUUUUGGGGAACCAGAAUCCUCCUUUUUAGACUUUUUGUCCCUACUGUUUUAAAAUU